AUGAAUUUCUUUGGAUAAGGCACUUCUGGGCCAUAACCGGAAAGUUAUGAAAUUAAUGGUUAGGAAUAUCAUGAAUUGAAUUUAAUUGCUGAAGGAGGUUAUGGUUUUAUUUGGAGAGCAAUAGAAACAAAAACAAGAAAAUUUUGCGUUAUUAAAAAAAUUAUUUGUCAAAGUAAAGAAGCAAUUGAAUAAGCUUAAUAGGAAUUAGAUUUGCAUGUAAAUUAUAUUUAUUCAUAUGUAAAAUAGAGAAGACUUCAACAUCCUAACAUUGUAAAAUGCUAUAAUGGAGUAAUCAAAUUUAAUAAGAAAAUAAAUUAGACUAUAGCAUAUAUGGUUUUAGAAUUAUGUGAAGGUGGAACAUUAAUUGAUUUACUAAAAAGAUACAAUGAAAAAAGAUUGAGUGAAUAAUAAGUACUCUUAGUGUUAAAAGUUAAUUUUCACUUUAUCAUAGUAAUUAGUUUAAGCAAUCAAAUAUCUUCACACCUAAAAACCUUCAAUUACUCAUAGAGAUUUGAAAGUUGAAAAUGUCUUAUUACAUAACAAAAUAUUCAAAAUUUGCGAUUUCGGUUCUGCUAGUACUGAAAAAAUUGAUUUAAAGUAUUAUUAUUAUCUAAAAUAAGUUAAUCAAAUAAACAUCAGAUUUCUCAAUAUGAAGAGAAUUUUGCAAAAUAGACAACAGAAAUAUAUAGGCCUCCUGAAAUGACAGAUUUAUAUUUAAAGUAUGAAAUCAAUGAAAAAGUUGAUAUCUGGAUGUUAGGAUGCAUUUUAUAUACAAUGUGCUUUUAUAAUCCACCCUUUUAGGAAUCUUCAAAAUUGGCUAUUGUUGAAGCUUCGUAUAUUAUUCCAAAAGACAAUAAAGUAUUCAUCAAAAAUUGAAUGUAUUAGUAUUCUAAUAAGAUGAUCAAUUUGAUUGGUAUAAUGCUUUAAUCAAACCCAAAGGAUAGAGCAUCAAUUUUUGAGAUCGAAGAAAUAUUGAAUAAUUAUGAAACAUUAACCUAAAUAGUAAAGAAUAAUAUCAAUCAUUAGCAAUGUAAAAAUGGAUAAGAUGAUGAUUUUGGUGAAUUUUAAUAAGGAGAUUAAAAAGCAUAAGAAUAAUAAUAAAAGACUGUUUAAUAUGAUGAUUCAUUAAUUUGA